AUGCCGGUCGUAACCGACAAGGACAUCAUGCAGCAGGCCAUGGUGGAGUUUGUCGUGGCGACCGACGAGGCCUUCACCGUCGUUAAACACUCCACGAUAAAGUUCCAGCGACUUAUGAUCGCCGCCAACCCCGCAUGUGCGGAGGAUAGAGUCAUCCCUAGCUGCACCACCCUAGCCCGCCAGGUCAUUUGCUUGGCAGAUCUGGAUCGGAACAAGCUCAAGCAGGAGCUGGUUGCUGAGGGGUCUGGGGCUAUCGCUCUGACCCAUGAUAUAUGGACCGAUCAUGAAGGGGUGCAUGAGGCCGCUCUGGGGAAGUUGCAGGAGUAUUACUCUAACAGCAAGGAUGAGCUGUGGGGUGGCCACGUUCCUAGGCCCGAGCUUCAAGAUCGGCUACUUCCAGAUGGGAAAGGAGGGGUUGGGGGAGGAGGGGAGUUGCUCAUAGGCUGCACAAAUUCUAGAGUUGUUCUCGAGCACCCUAACGGCCUUCCGCCCGUUCUCCCCCUUCCUCUUGAACCUCCUCCCCCCGACGCCCCUCCUCUCCCAGAGUCUCUUCCCGAUCCCCCCCUUGCCCGAGUUCAUGAUGACAACCCAGAUCGAUGGGCGGCCAACUUGAACACCUACAACAAGCUUCGCGACACCUACACCAUCCAGCGUGUCGUACACCGUGCUGCUGAGAAGGCACACACUGAUGCUACUAUGCGCAUCCUCUCCUAUGCACAAGAUGAGAAAGACUAUGCUGAUGAGCUUCGCAAGCUCCACAAGCACCCCCACCCCCUUCCCCCUCUCCCCCAGCCUCCUCAUGAGAUAUCUAUGACCCUGCCCUCCCUCCCUCCCCACUGCCCCUCCCCCUCGCUCCCCACCCCUCCCUCUCUGAAUCCUCCCCCACCCCCUCUCCCUUCACAACCUCUACCACCUCCUCCCUCUCUACUUCGUCCCCCACCCCCUCCCCUUCCACCAUCACGGCCCCUGCUUCCCUCCCCUCCCGUCCUCCUUCCCCCUCAUAUUCUCACAGCAGCCGCGCUCCUGUCUCCCUGCCUCUCAUGGCAAUUCAGCGCAGCCGAGCAACAUUGCAGCUGA